ACUAUUUCAYAGGUUAUGAGCAACAACAACAACCUCUGCUCGCAUAACCAUCAUCAGCAUCAUCAACAACACUACAUACCGAGUAAUUGACCCUGAUCGAUCAAUAUCCUUGACACACAGCGACAGCUUUAUCAUCGAGGAGUAUUCCGUCGGAAAAAUCUUUUCGAUGCAACCCGGAUGAAGCGAACCCAUCAGUACCACAUCACGUAGCCUGCUACAGCACAAUUCUUCUUCAUUCAACGACCGAAGUACUCAUUCAACGACCGAAGUACCGACACUUUUUCCUUGAUACCACGGACCCUGCCACAGCACAACUCUAGCCCAUAGAUACCACAAUCAAUACACAACAACACGACCAUGGCAACUUCCAAACGCAAACMGAAGAAAGGAAYCAACAACAGGACACCACAGACACCACGGAUCCGGGACUUCCUGGUAACAUCUCCUACCCGCAGAACCCCUUCAGCGGCACAGCGAGAUCGACUGGAACUACUGUUCUAUAAUGGGACCAUACAACGGGAAAUACGAGCACUAGAACUCGCGUUUCCACUCAMCUCAACACUUGAGAUCUAUGACGGUCCACUCUUCCUCUUCAAACCACUAUACACCCCCACAUCUCAUGAAUUCACCCAAUGCCUGAACAACAUCCACACCACAGCGCUACCAGCUACCGAUAAGAUCGUGAUGCUUGGAGACUACUUGAAGGAACUGAUCCAUCGCGAUCACUUCCAACAACCACUCACCACAAGCCCACACGGCCCCUCACGAUACAAAUACAGCCGAGCAUUCCUAAAACACCUCAACGAGCUGCUGCCAACUAACAAGGAAACGCCACCACAGGCAAUUUCCAAACGCAGACGAUCCAGGCCUCCGCAACGGCUGGAUGACUCCAGUCUGGAAUCCCCACAWCAACUUAAAACCCCACCAAAGACCACCAGAGGCGGUAGUAGAAAUGAUACCUCAACACCAUCUCUAUCCAAGAACACKGAUACUGCUGAUAACGAUGAAUCAUCCGACGACUCACUCCCAGCUCCACCACGUGACUUGCAUCGACGCUUUGCACACGAGUAUCAACAAGCCCAGCAAGACAAUAGAGUGAACAACGAUGACCAGCCAGAAUCCCACGAUGAAAACUCAGUAACCAAUCAAAUUGAAGAGUACAACGCCCAAUUCCAACAUAUCGAUAAGGAAUUAGACGACAUCAAAGACAGCUUUGACUCUAUCAACACGGAGGAACAAGACCAACGAUCCAGCACAACGGAAACACAACAACACCAGGAUGAACACCAAGAGGAGAGCAAUGAGAUGCAAGAGGAAAGAGAUGAGAUGCAUCUACUACAACUUAUUAACAAUGCAAUUUCCCUGAAGGAACAAACCUGGAACACACAGAUAACUGCGGUUAACGACAACUGGACAGACCAGUUUGAGACAAUCACCACAACUCUCAAGGACUUACAGACUGAAUAUGAUUCCUCCCUUCAAACUAAAACACAUGAUCUUGACCAAGCAAAGCAGGAUCUUGCUCAAGCACAUCGCGACAUCCGCACACUCAAGGACCAACUAGCACACCAAAGCAAACUCCUUGAUGAGUCUAUUGCCMACAAUCAAGCCCUCACACAGGAUCUCUCCACAGCAGCAUCCACGACUUGGGCACUGGACCAACGCCUGGAACGAGCAUCCACUGUCCUUAGUUCCCUCAAGCACAAUACGAUUGCACUUAAAUCCCCUUCGCGUGAUGAAACAAGYAGCAUUACCACAUCCAAAACACCAAACGUCGAAGAGAUAAGAAAACAGAUCAAGGAACUAAUAGACAGUGAACUYGMAUCAUUUGCUGAUGUUAUAGAGCAUCGUGCAUCCUCACUCACUCARCAUCUGGAUACAAAGAUUCAAUCACUGGUUGCUGAACAAGUAAACAACCUUGCAACCACAAAAGAACCCAUCGUCCAGAGCAUCAAAGACAAGAUCACAGCAACAGUGCUCAAUGAACUUCAACCACAACUUGCGAAUAUCACCAACCAACUCAAAAACGACACUAUUCUUGCAAAGAACACUAUCAAACAGACCGCCCAAAUACAUCUCAAUCGCCUUCAGUUACAGCAAACAGACAUAGUGUCCUCCAUUACAACAGAAAUCAACAACRCCCGCACUACUAUYGCACACGCACAGUCCACGGCCCAGUCAGAAAUUAGGACCUCUGUGGAGACCCACCUUCAUUCCCCACUGACCACUAACAACAUUACCAGCCUCAUCUCUCAUGCCCUUGAGUCUGACGGAUUCAAAACCACUGUGGACAAAACAGUCACCAAACUUGUCACCGAAUCCGACACCCUUAAGGACACACUCAUCCUUCAUAUCAAUGAGGCAAUCAACAAUGAACCCAUGCACACUACUACACAACAUCAAACCAACGCCACCUUUAAAAACAAAAAUAAAAAUCAUGCAUACUCCCACCAAUCAACACUUCCCCACCAACGUAUGGAAGAGACCAAUAGYGACACUGACGAUGAGGAUCAUCCCCCUGUGGCUCCCCGCUUCCGCUCAUGUGCAAGCAGGGUCUAUGCACGCCAACAACGCAUAGACCAAGAYAUGGAACACGAAAGAAAUCACAGGAUCAGCAAAGCAAUUAAUGCAAUGGAACACAAACACAUCAACUUGAACCUUAUCCCAAGUGAUAACAGAUACCUUACAUCCGCUGAAUUCAACGCACUCUAUACUGACCUCUACACGCUCCUGACRCUUGAAAGUCUUCCCCUCACACACAUCGAUGAACUACAUAUUCACYGAUCGUGCCUUCCUCCAAACCACAAGGAAACGGAUGAAAAUAUUAGAAAGAUUGGAACCCAUAUAUAUCAGCGACUCACUCAAAUGAUUGACCCACACAAACACUCCAAAUUACGAGGUCUCAUGAGCCCAUAUCAGCACAUGAUGAAAGGCUAUGACGCCCUGUAUGCCAUUGCAAGAAACUCACUUAUCUAUCUUCGACCCACCACUACUGGAUGGGGACCGGAAUGGAGCUCAGAGGAUGAUCCUGGUACGUACGCAGGCAAGCUCCUCGAUCAUGUCCGGAUCAGCCAUCUUGCACAUAAACAUGACUACUCCGAACUUGAUAUUUGCUUUGAAUACGCCACGCGUAUCAUGAAUCACUACAACCAUGCUGCAGGAAACUAUCUCAUGUUCACUCUGAGCACACACAAGAGGGAAAACCCUGGAGCAGACAGUCAACCUGUUCCAUCCCAUCUCUCAUUGACGUCCAUGAUUGAGACUGUCCUGGACUACCCUAACAGUCCCGCCAGCAACCAACAGCAGCAAUCACCGUCACCCCACAUCUGCCGCCUAGAAAAACCACAAAAGAAAUUUGAGUACAGGAAUAAAGUGCAAUGCCCAUGUUGCCAUACGUAUGGCCAYAGCAUUGGUGACCAGGUUUGUCGAUUUGGAGCUCAACUCYAUCACGCCCAACUGUAUGCCAAARCAAAACCGGACACGUUUAAAACUAAUGCAGACAAACAYCAUCGUAUGAACAUGAAAAAUGUGGUCAAACUAUUUGAAACAACACUGGGAAAUACGRUCAUUGACAAAACCCAGCACGAGCUUACUAGAGAAGCCUGGGUYAAUGCAUUUGAAUCCCACCCAAYCAGCUCAGCAUCAACACCGGAAUAGGGACUACGCCGUGUCUCUAGCGAGGCUCGGCCUAUUACACGAGAACA